GCCUGCUCGGCUUGACCAACAACUUUGGCGGCGGGCGGACGAUUGAAGCAUAAUCCAUCCACCUGGCUUUGUUGGGCGGCAUCGGAACAAGGCAAUUGGCCGCAAAACAAAUGCAAUCAAGCGAGCGACUGCCGACUUGAAGAUCCACAAUUCUGCUCGCUCCUGCAUCCCAACUCGGCCACUUUCCAAACGCCCAUCACGACAUCCCUAUUCGCUCUAUACCGCAUCACCGCUAGACUCACCACCAUCAUCCAGCACAGCCCGCCGCAUCCCAUCACAACUUGGCACCCGGCUGGCGACUGGUCAAUCACACCCGCCCCCCACCCCCUACGUCUACGCACACCUUUACGUCUUGCGUGAUGCAGCACCGCGACAUGGACGAAAGGGAUCGAGACCGUUACCCCCCGGUUCCGCCGGAACCGAGCCGUCGUUCAUCCUCAUACAGCCGUGUAGUGCCACCUCCAACAGACAGCUCACCAAGAGCUCCAUACUUCUCCCAAUCACCAAGCAUGCGCGAUGCCCGCGACAUGCCUAGCCCAGGGCUCACCUCCAACCCCUCAAACUACAGGAGCUAUGCUCCCCCUACUCACUCAGUAGCGCCAUCGGCGGACCGCCGACCUGGUAGCAUGUCUCGCUGGAGUCCGACUUCCGCUUACCAGUCGCAUCACCAUUCAUCAUCACGCUUCGCGAGCGGAGAGCACCAGCAGCAUACAUCCCUACCAGGCGUGCACGAUUUAGUUUCACCGCCAUCUCCGGCGCACUUUAGUCGACCGCCAUUGGACCCACGCCCAUCCUUUCCCGCCCCAUACUCGCACCGGUCCGAGCACGCCGCCUCCCACACCUCCUUUAGAUCACAGGACGGGUUUGAUGUCCCCGAAGCGAGCUCAAGUCGCUCUCCCCCUCGACGGACCGAGUCAAAUCCUUCUGCCCAUGGACCGCCACCAACGUUGUACAGAAGUGGGAGUUCGGGGACCAGUGUUCCCAGUGUCCUGGUCACCACGCCCCUCUCUUCAAACAGCAGCAGCUCCGCCAAGCAUCCGGCUCCCGUCGACCAGACAUCCACCACAGGUCCCAAGAAGAAGAAACGGCGGCAGGCUUUUAGUUGUGCCGAGUGUUCGAAGCGCAAGCAAAAGUGCAAUAGGGAGACUCCUUGUCAGCACUGCGUGAGCCGCAAGGUCCCACACCUCUGUCUCCCGGUUGUUCGCAACGGCUCUCCGCCACCCCGCCCUAAGCCCAAGCCCGAGGCGAGUGAGGUCUCAACGAAAGACAAUUCUCGGUCUACGCAGAGCUCGAUUGACGAGCGUCACGUUGCGUCUGGGGCUGCCAUUUUACCUCCUCCUGCAUCUCCUUCAGGUCAGGUUGCACGCAUCCGUGAACUCGAACGCGUCGUCAACGCACUCGUCAACUGUAGUCCGGGACUGGACAGAGAUGCUUUGCAAAGGUGGCGCAAGUCCCACCCGUCCGCGACAUCCCCGAGCCCACUUUCAUCGCCUAGACCGAAAUCUGAACCGCAGGACUCGCCUGCGACCACAAACGGAACCCCCCUGGGAGUCACCCAGGAGGCUUACCUACGCGACGUCGACCAGCAGGCAGGCGCAAGGAAUCCACACCCUCAGUUUAGCGAAAGGAAGGUUGACCUCAAGCUGAAUGACCACGGUUCGUUCAGAGAACAGCUGGCGCAGAUCACCGAAGAAGGAGCAUACGCGACGCUCCAAAAGUUCGUUCAGAAUCUUCCGGACCGCGAAGCAGCCGACAGAAUGAUCGACUUCUUCUUCAGGAAGGUCAACUACGUGCGGUAUCCGAUCGACGAGAGGUUCUUCCGAAAAGCUUUCGAGGCGGUUUAUUCAGCAGCUGGACAGAUCACAGAGGAGUCUGUCCGUACGCUUCCCCUCAUCUCAGCCGUUCUGGCUACUGCGUACCGUCUGGCACCUGCUGAAGAGGUCCCCCCUGAAGAGGCUCGGCGCCGGAGCCUCAGCCUGUAUUGGGAUUCUCAGUUCAGUCUGACCAUCUCGACUCGGCUCAACCCGAUGAACAUCCGACUAGUGGAAACUCGCAUUGUUCUGGGUCUUUACCUCAUCAUUGUGCACGGUCGGCGCCUCGCUGAAGGAUGGAGCCUGUUCCAGGCGGCCGUUUCUGCCGGUCAGAUCCUCGGUCUGCAUCGUGACGGCACAAAAGUUGCGGCCGACCUGGACCCCUACAUGAUCGAGUACCGUCGUCGGUUAUGGUCGUACCUCUGCCACGCCGACGCCACAUUCUCUUGCCUUCUGAACCGACCGCCGUCCAUCGACCCCGUGUUCAAUGACACAAAGGCGCCCUCCAACAUUGACCUCAGCGCACUCGCUGGCGCAACCUCGCUCAUUCCUGGCAAGCCAAUGAGCGAGACGACAGAUGCAACAUACCUCAUCCUACGCAAACGGCUUGCGGACAUUGUCAGACAGGUACGUCCAGGAGCGCUGGCCACACGCCGCAUCGUGCUAAUUGAACCUCAGAUUGUUCGUAAUUUCCAGCGCGUGGAUCGCGAUCCCUCCUAUGACGACGUGCUGGCCUUGGACGCCAAGCUCAACCAGCUCCGCAAGGAUCUCCCCCCUCAGUUCAGAAUGAAUAACCCCGACAAGAGCAGGGACAAGGACGUAUGGUACCUCCCUAUUCACCGGUACUACAUCCAGACGGAGAUUCUCCACUUCACUAUAAUUCUUCACCGUCCAUGGUUCCUCCGUGAACUCAAAACUGAUCGGUAUAAUGUUUCACGCCAAGCGUGUACGGAGGCCACUCGCACAGACUUUGAAAUGCGCUUGCACUUCCGUGACGAUGUCCCAGACUUCUUCGAGACGCUCCGCGGAGGAUCUCUGCGACAAUUUAUGCCUGCAAUGGUCGCUGGAAUCAGCCUGCUCCUCGAGCCCUCUGGCGAGCACGCUGAUGUCCACCGACAAAUUGUGGAUCGCUUCCUUGAAGACCACAAGGAGACCUUGCCGGAUGGUUACAGCCGGGAGGAGGUCGAGAUUGUUGCCAACCUCAAGAAGCACGACAGAGGGCGUGGCUUGACCGAAUCUGGUCGUCUCAUCAACGGGGAAACCUCGAGGCAGCCCUUCGAAGAUGAUGGUCCGUUAGUGUCAACACCACAGGUGCACGAGCGGUCGACAACCGACUGGAACGGUUUGGACCGGCGAGGCAGCGAUAGUUUCGUCACCGAUGAGCCACAACCGACAGAUGAUGCUCAAAACUAUUUGAAUACCAUCUUCAGCCACAACGAGUUCCUCGGAUGGUUUGGUGGCGGCAUGGACGUUCCGGUGGACUCUGUGCUCUUUGGAGGAAAUGGCAACCAAGCCCCGCUGGGCGACUGGACCGGUUCGAGCUCAAUCCCGACUACAGGGCCCUGGGACCAGCAGCAGCUCUCUCUGGACCCGUCUUACUGGGGAUCCCCACGGCUGGCGGGGCAGCGUACAAGAGCCACGGACCAGCUCAUUCUCGGUAAGUCGACACUGCCGUGGCCUGGCUUCUCCACAUGGGUAUUCCGCUAA